AUGCGGUUUGAGACCGCGCCCGGUGAGCAGGCCCAGGUGGAUUGGGGCAGUCUGGCUUACGUCGGUGCGGGCGGUAAGAAGCGCCGCGUCUGGGUGUUUGUGAUGACCAUGGGCUGGUCGAGGACCUGCUACGUGGAACUGGCGCGCAAGGCGUACACCGCCGCUUUCAUCCAGUGCAACGUAAAUGCCUUCGAGUAUCUGGGCGGCGUGCCCCGACGCUGUCUGUACGACAAUGCGAAGGUGAUCACGCUGGGCCGGGACGGGGCGAAGCGACCGGUAUGGAACCAGCGAAUGCUGGACUUCGCCCUCAGGGUGGGCUUUGAGCUGCGACUGUGCCAGCCCUACCGGGCCCAGACCAAGGGCAAG